AUGGCUUCUCAGGCACAACUCUGUCGUAUGACGCCACCGCUGUGUGAGCUCAAACACGCUACUUCUACUUUCCAUUCGUUCGAUCCAGAUGAUGGAUAUAUCUCCAACAGAUCACUGCAAAGAUACAAACCCGACGCACAAUCUGCAGUCGCAUGGGCCGAACGCUCCGAUGGCGUGACUCCGAUCAACGUAUUUAUGCAUGCAAUUCAGAAUAUCGUGGUCGAUGCCUAA